GUUAAAAGCCACAGGAAUAUUAGACCAGUAGCAUUUGCACCGUCAAUAUGGCAGCUUGCAUGUUUCUGCUGAUCGGCCUCCUGGUUUCAGUGGCGUUAGCAGGACCGCAACCUACAAUCAAAUUACACGAGGCAGAAAAGAACACUUUGGCUGUUUCCUUUCCUGAUGUACCAGGUGUAAAUGCCAUUGAGUUCAAGUAUGCUAUUCAUCAACCAACGGGACAUUUGCCACGCGUGACGGACACUGUUACAGUUCGUAGAAACGCUGCUGGACACUUCAAGUGUGAGGUCGAAAGCAAACAUGCCUUCACUGAUAAGGAAGCGAUUGAAUAUUCAGUGAAAUAUUUAUCUGCUAGUGGCGAUGUUGUAUACCAUGUAGACGGUGUCUUCACUAUUCCAGCUGCCUCAUCACUUAGCCCACGGCUAUACCGUCGUGGUAACACCGUCUUUGAGGACUCGUUCAACUCGCACCAACUCAAUCCUAACCAUUGGCACCAUGAAAUAACAUGUUGGGGAGGAGGGAAUGGAGAGUUCCAGAUGUAUACACCUGAAGCUGCCAACACGUACAUCAAGAAUGGCGUUCUCUACCUCAAACCGACAUUCACUGCUGACAAGUUUGGAGACGAUUUCUUUCAACACGGCGUCCUUGACGUUAAACAACAAUGGGGAUCAUGCACAGCGGCGGAAGACAAUGGUUGUCGUCGUCAGGGAGCUCAGAUUCCACCAAUUAUGUCAUCUAAGGUGUUUUCUGUAGCCUCAAUCACACAUGGACGGGUUGAGGUUGUGGCGAAGAUUCCCAAGGGAGAUUGGAUCUGGCCAGCAAUCUGGCUGCUUCCUCCCGGCUGGCCUUGGAAAUAUGGUGCCUGGCCAGCUUCCGGUGAGAUCGACAUUAUGGAAUCAAGAGGCAACGUCCAUUUGAGAGAGUCUAACGGUGCCACCCAGGGCGUUGACCGUGUCUUGUCUACAAUUCAUUACGGAGCGUCGCCAAGUCAACACAGACAGCAAGGAGAUUCAAAAACAAGCAAAACCGGAACAACUUGGGCAGAUUCUUUUCACACUUACUCAGUGGACUGGACAGCUGGACAUAUCAGGAUGGACAUAGACAACCAGCCAGUCAUGGCCUGGACGACGCCUUCUCAAGGCUACUGGUCAUACAGCCACCAAUCUGGUACCAAUGUCUGGUCUCAGGGCGGUAACGAUGCACCCUUUGAUGGGAAGAUGAGCCUCAUUCUGAAUGUUGCUGUAGGUGGUACCAAUAACUACUUCCUGGACUCCUGGCAUAAUACGCCUCAUGCAAAACCAUGGAAGAACAACUCACCGACCGCCAUGAUGGACUUCUGGAAGAGCAAACAGCAGUGGCAGUCAACGUGGCACGGGGAAGACGUCGCCAUGAAGGUCAAGUCCGUCAAGAUGAUACAGUAUUAGUAACAGAAGCUUGGGAAAGGAAUAUUGGAAUAAAGAUAUAUGUCUGUCUUUGUUUAUGACAACGAAUAAAACUAAGAUUACAAUAUA